UGCCAUGUCAACAAGCACUGGGACCUGUUGCUAGCGGCCGGCAGCGUGUCACAGAGGGGCCCUUUGUGACACCCACUGCAGCAGGUGUGCUCAGCACGACCGUGGCCCACGGUGGGUCAGUGUCCGUCAGGACGGCGACCGGACAGGAGAGGAGUGCGGUGCUGGCGAGAAGCCCCCGACUGCAGUCCACGUCUUGUCCACGACCCUUGGUGGCCCCGUGGGAACUUGGUGUUUUGCUGAGGCGUUUUGCCGAAGCGUUUUUGCCUGAGGCAUUUGGGCCGAGGCCUUUUGGCUGAGGCGCUUUGCCUGAGGCACUUUGCCUUGGCCUUUGGGCUGAGGCCUUUUGCCUUGGCCUUUGCCUGAGGCACUUUGCCUUGGCCUUUUGGCUGAGGCCUUUUGCCUUGGCCUUUUGGCUGAGGUGCUUUGCCUUUGCCUUUUGGCCGAGGCACUUUGCCUUGGCCUUUUGGCUGAGACCUUUUGCUGAGGCCUUUUGCCUGAGGCACUUUGCCUGAGGCGAUUUGGCCGCGGCAUUUUUCCCGAGGGUGUUUGACUCCACCAUUCGGACGCCCUCCGUAGGCAGGCUCCCCUGUGUUCUUUGAUUCACAGGAUGGAGAGGAGACCCCCCGCCUGCCCCAGGCAGGCCUGGAUGGAAGACAGCUCUUCCCAGGAGAGCCGCUCUCCAGGUCUGCAGCUUCCAUCCUCCUACGAGGUGACCACCAUGCAGCCCCUCAAGCUCGAUGCCAGCUGGUUGCCCAUCUACAAGGAGGAGCAGGAAGCUGUUGAUUCCAUCCUGGCCUUUGUCACCAGCUCCAACAAGGAGGAGAGAGACAAGGCCACAUUUCUUCGGAGCAUCUCCGUGCUGUGCCGAAGCGCCUUGAAGCACGGCCUGACCCAGGGCCUGGAUCUGUUCUGUGACAUGUACCAGCUGGCAGAGAACAUCAAGGCGCUGCUGGAAGAAGAGCCAAGGGACCACCUGUGCACAGACCUUCGGCAUCUUUCCAUGCUGGCUCUGGAGAAAUUGAGCUUGGUGGACACAGCGCUGGAGGGCAAAGCCAAAAGCCUCCUCCGUGCGUGUUUCUCAAGUGUCUUCUGGCUGCCUGCAGAGAAGGAAAUGCCAAAAGCAGACCUUGCCCUCUAUAUGAAGACCCUGAACUCCAUGGACAGCAUGCUGAGGACAGUGGUGCUCAGCUUUCCUGCCUCUCGAGUCAGCAAGGAGCUGCAGGGCAUCUUGGAGCUGCUGCUGGACUUCACCAGAUGCGAGAGAGAGGCUGUGAGGGAGAGGGCCAUGGCAAGGAUCGAUGUGCUGACCCGUGUGCUGUCCGACUAUUCCACUCUGCAGGCCCAUGCCAACGUCGGAAGAGGCACUGCUGGACCUGUCUGCUCUGGGGAGAUCCAGCUCCCGCUCCUAGGAAAGCUGCUGGGGCGUCUCAUCCUUUUCCGGUUCUCUGAGGAGCAGACAAGCUGUGCAGCUUUCCAUGCUCUUUUUGCCCUGGCUGAGUUCAUCUUCGAAUCCAGGCUAAAGGACAGAGCAGACCAAGUCCACUGGGAAGCCGUGACCACCUCUGCACUGUGUUCUCUGAGCGCCAGGGACUGUGCCAAGACCUUUGGAAAAUACCUGCAGUCCCACGAGAGGACAGACGUCAUCCUUGUGGCCAUCGAGGCCAUGGGAGAUGCCAGCAUCCUCGACCAGCAGGUGCCCAGCAGCCUGCUGGAUGUGGCCUUGGAGGACCCGGACGUCUGGCUGACGGAC